UCGUGCUCGCGUGACGUGUGUGUUCCGUGGCGCGCUGCGUUAUAUCGUUUCCCUUCUCGUUCCUCGGCGCAGUACGCGCGUUAUCCUUGUUCCGGAAGGUUCGUUGCAACCAGGUGCAAAGAGAGAAUAGUGAGAGCUGAGAGGGUGUGAGAGAACACGAGAGAAAGAGAGACGGAGAGGGGAGAAGCCAGCUGGCUCCAGGCUGCUCGGCGGGAGUCCUCGAGGGUGGAAACAACUCAGACUUUGCUGUAUCUUUCGUCUAAUGCAGUGGCCUCUCCCGCCCGGCGAACUUUAUGAAAACUCCGAUAGUCGACAUCGAGGCGGUGCCAAGGUCACGAGGGAGGAGCUGAGGUCAUCGCGGCAUCUAUGUUGUGCGGCGAACUCCUGAACGGUGGCUUCGUCAGUGCCGGAGCGGUACCGGUGGUUCCGUACAGCCUCCCAGGACUCUGGUUACCCGGUUGCCUGCGUGCUACCAGCCCGCGCCUAUUGACCUCUCCUUAUCUGACCCUGCUGGCCGAGCUUCUGGCCGCGGGCCGACUAGAGCUGCGAGACGAUCUCCUGGAGCUGAUGGACCUGGCAAAGAGGAGCCAUCAGGCUCCUGGCAACAACGGAGCGUCCGAGCUCGAUCUUGACCUCCAUGCCGACGACAUCGACGAGAUUUUCUUAGAAAAUGGCCUCCUUUCCUUCGAAAAUCCCAACUAUCACCUAGAUCCAGCUCGGUUGGACGAUGCUCUGAACAGCAAUGGAAACGGUAGUUCUCUGUACGAUGAAUUGUAUCAGGAAUUGGUCGGUGGCGGUGGCAGAAGCGGCGAGGUGACUGGCGGCGGCGGGGGAGGAGGUGGUGGAACGAGGGUGCAAGCACGCAGAACCUACGCCACAUUGGAUCUGGGGAGCAUGGGGGUGGAUGUCACCCAGGGCCCCCUGACGCAGGAUUCCGUGACGGACGACGCUCCCGACAACACGGACAACCAUAACCUAGGGUACGGCUGCGAGGGUGUGGCGGAGUCCGCUCUCGUCGACGACACCCUCAAUGGGAAUCCCCGCUCGUCGUCCACGUCGUCGUCGAGCGCGAUCCUGCCUCAGUCUCACGCCCUUCAGUCGGGAUCCGCGGGAUCGAUCGACGCUGCGGACACUUCCGGGUCGAGAAAUUAUUGCGAGAAACCCGACAACGAGACCGCAGAGAUGGGCGGCGUGCCGCAUGUGGAGGGUGGCCUGAACAGCGAGCUAUACGCAGUACCAGUGAAACGACGACAGCCAAAGGACCAGAAGAACAAUGCGAUUCUGCAGAACAAUACCCAGGAGAAACCGGCGGACAUGGACAGCACCGAUUCCGAGGAUAAGGACGAGAAUCUGCCGCCGGGCUGGCAGAAACACGAAGAUGAGAAUGGACCUUAUUAUUGGCAUGUGAAAAGCGGAAAUAUACAGAGAGAACCGCCAGAGGCUCCUCUACAUUUGAAAACGGAGGCACGCCGAAGCCUCGUUAAGGAUAAUGAUAGCAUAAACAAUUUUCACACUUUAAGCGGUAUGGUGAACACAGUGACUCGCAGCAACACAAGCUCGGCUCUGGAUCAGGAAUUAGAAAACAAGAGAAAGGUGGAAUUAGCGCUCAAACGAAGAAGCUAUCCUGCCAGAGCGGACUCCGAGGGUAGGGACAAGCCAAUCAGAUUUGCCGUGCGAUCCUUGGGUUGGACGGAGAUCGCGGAAGAAGAUCUGACACCCGAGAGAAGCAGCAAGGCUGUCAAUAAGUGCAUCGUGGAUCUCUCACUCGGUAGAAACGAUCUUUUGGAUGUCGUCGGACGAUGGGGUGAUGGCAAGGAUCUAUUUAUGGACUUGGACGAGGGCGCGCUCAAACUGAUCGAUCCGGAGAAUCUCACUGUACUUAACACUCAGCCUAUUCAUACAGUUAGAGUGUGGGGCGUAGGAAGAGACCAUUGUCGCGAAAGGGACUUUGCUUAUGUAGCAAGAGACCGAUCGACCAGGAAACACAUGUGUCAUGUGUUUCGUUGCGACAUACCGGCGCGCACGAUUGCAAACACGCUUCGUGACAUUUGCAAGAAGAUAAUGAUCGAGCGUUCCCAACAUCAGAAUCUCGCGAAACCGGUGGACAUCAACGGCCGGACAAGUCUCGCAACGAGACCUACAAAUCUGCCCACUGAACAUCGGCGUUUCCACAGAAACGGUCAGGCACUAGUCACACAAUCUUUUCCAACACCGAUGGAAGAACCGAAGAAGGUGUUGCGAGCGCAGUAUCUCGGAUCCAUGCAAGUCAAUCAAGCAACUGGCAUGGAAGUGCUGAACGAGGCGAUAGAACAUAUCGUGACGAACACGCCGAUCAAUCAAUGGCGAAACGUCAACGUCGCCGUAGCUCCUAGCAUGAUUUCCAUUCUUACGCCCAACGACGACAAGCUCAUCACUGAAUGUCGAGUACGCUACCUGUCAUUCCUCGGUAUAGGCCGCAACGUAAAGCAAUGUGCUUUCAUUAUGCACACCGCACAGGACUUGUUCAUCGCACACGUCUUCAAUUGUGAACCCAGCAGCGGAGCUCUCUGUAAGACAAUUGAAGCCGCUUGCAAGUUGAGGUACCAGAAAUGUUUGGACGCACAUCCACAGGGCUUCAGAAAUGCCAGCAGUCUUAAUACUCCAAGCGGCAGAGGCUUAGGCGCAACUCUGAAGUCUUUAGUUGGAUCUUUAACUGGCCGUAGGAACAAGCAGGGCGAGUCCUGAGACGAGGCUCUCUCGCUGCAGGUAAACUACUUUUAUCAAGA